AUGUUAAAGCCUGUGAUCGUUCUUAGUGAAUACUCAGAUCUCUACAACUUGACACCAGGCAAAACAUCAGACCUAUGCCAAGAAAAACCAGAGUGUGUCUUCCUCCAGGUGUGUGUGGGGCUUCUGGGUCUGUUGGUGUCCUCGACAUCAGCCGGUGGACGUUGGUACCCCAAAUCCCUACCAUGUGACGUCUCUCUCAUCAGCAAUGGCAGUGUGGUCAGUGUGGACUGCACCGAGAGACAACUCACAUUCAUCCCAAAAGGCAUCCCAAGUAACACCACCAAUCUGACCCUGACGAUCAACCACAUCCCUGCCCUGAACUCAACUUCAUUCUAUGGGCUGGAAAACCUCACCGAGAUAGACAUGCGCUGCAACUGCGUGCCUGUCAAAGUUGGCCCCAAGGACCGCGUGUGCCUGCAGAGUGUGACCAUUGAGAACGACACGUUUACCAAGCUGAGGAGCUUAAGGUCCCUGUAUCUGGAUGGGAAUCAGCUCAACAGCAUUCCAAAAGGUCUCCCUCAGAACCUCAUCCUACUCAGUCUAGAAGUGAAUCACAUCUAUUCAAUUCUGAGGGAUAACCUCUCAGAUAUCACCAACGUGGAGAUUCUUUAUCUCGGCCAAAACUGUUAUUAUCGUAACCCAUGUAAUGUCUCUUAUGAAAUAGAGGACGGGGCAUUUUCACGGCUUAGUAACAUGACAUUACUAUCUCUUAAAUCAAACAACUUGUCUUACAUUCCAGCCAAAUUACCUACAAGCCUCAGGGAGUUAUAUAUUUACAACAACAACAUUGAGAAGGUGACCAAGGAGGACUUUCAAAAUCUAACCAACCUGGAGAUCCUGGACAUAAGCGGAAACUGCCCCCGUUGUUACAAUGCGCCUUUUCCAUGUGUCCCAUGCCCUCACAAUUCUCAACUUCAGAUUGAUGAUGAUGCAUUUAAAACAUUGUCCAAACUCAGGAUAUUGCGUAUGCACAGUAAUUCUCUAACAAAUGUUCGUUUAAUUUGGUUUCAAAAUUGCAGCAAGCUACAAGUUAUUGACCUCUCAUCCAACUUUUUAGCACAAGACAUAACAACCACUAAAUUCCCACAGGCUCUACCCAAUCUGGAAGAAUUGGAUCUGUCGUUUAACUAUGCCUUACAGAUGUAUCCGCUGACAUUGCAACUGAGUCGCUCGUUCCGCUUUCUGAAGUCUCUCAAAGUGUUCAGAAUCAGGGGGUUUGUUUUUCAAGAACUGACCUUGGAGGGCAUCAGUCCACUAGUAUUACUUCCGAACCUGUCGGUCAUCGACCUAGGAUUCAAUUUCAUCAAAAUAGCUAACCUCAGUAGUUUGAUGGAACUGAAACACUUCAAAAUAAUCAAUCUGUCAGAAAAUAAAAUAUCGCUGCCCUCAGAGGGGCCUACUGGUUUUUCAUUCUCAGGACAAGCCAUGUACGGUACCCCCAUGUCAGGUGCUGAGUACCACAGAGAAGAAGUGAAAGAGGUUCACUAUUUCAGAUACGAUGAGUAUGCACGUAGCUGCAAAUACAAAGACAAGGAGGAAGUUGGGAUUGUGAACUCCUUUGUCAAUAGCAACUGCAGCCAGUUUGGAAAAACACUUGAUAUCAGCAGGAAUAAUAUAUUCUUUCUUCACUCGAGAUUCUUAAACCUUAGCGACAUCAGAUGUUUAAAUCUCUCUGGAAAUGCAAUGAGCCAAAGUUUAAACGGUUCUGAGUUUACUCAUCUCAGUAACAUACAAUAUCUGGAUUUCUCCGAAAAUCGACUGGACCUGCUCUAUUCCACCGCAUUUAAAGAGCUGACAAAUCUGGUUAUUUUAGACAUAAGCAAAAACAACCAUUACUUUGAAGCAGAGGGCUUGACUCACAUGCUGAAUUUCACCUCAAAUUUACCAAAACUCAAGACAUUGUUAAUGAAUCACAAUCAGAUCUCCACCUCGACAAACACAGAGAUGAUGAGUUGGUCUCUGGAGACAUUACAGUUUAUAAACAACCGUUUAGACAUGCUUUGGAGGGAUGGCGAUACAAGAUACUUUAACUACUUCAAAAACCUGCGUAAUCUAAAAGCCCUUUAUAUCUCUAACAACAACCUCAACUUCAUCCCCCAACAAGUAUUUGGAGGAUUGCCAGACAAACUCAUUGAGCUCUACAUCAACAACAACAAGCUGACGUCCUUUGCUUGGAAAGAGCUCAACAUCCUUCAAAACUUAGAGGUGUUAGAUCUCAGUGGUAAUAGACUAACAAAGGUUCCUGCCAUACUCUCCAACUGCACACAAUCUCUGAAAAAGGUCCUUUUAUGUGAUAACCGUAUAGCUAAACUCUCUAAGAAUUUUCUAAUGGAUGCCUUCAGCCUGAAGAUCCUGGACCUCAGUGUCAAUCGCCUCCAACACAUUGAGCCAUCCAGCUUUCCAGAUAACGUUGUCAACCACAUGGAUAUGUUACUCCUGCACAACAACCGAUUCCUGUGCACUUGCAACGCCACCUGGUUCGUGACGUGGCUCAACAGCACUGAGGUGAACAUCCCCAAGCUGGCCACCGAAGUGACCUGCUCCUCCCCUGGGACGCAGAGGGGCCACCCAGUCAUCUCAGUGGACCUUCAGGCCUGCCAGCACAACUACCUCUCCAUCAUCCUGUACAUCCUCUUCACCUCCCUCGUCCUCGGCUUCCUCGUCCUCUCCAUAUCCAGCCAUCUCUUCCUCUGGGACGUGUGGUACAUCUACCACUUCUGCAUGGCCAAGCUCAAAGGCUACAGCCGCCUGUCCACGCAGAACGUCUACGACGCCUUUGCGGUGUACGACACGAGCGACCCGGCGGUGUCCGAGUGGGUGCUGCAGGAGCUCCGCGUUCACCUGGAGGAGUGUGACGACCACCGUCUGAGGUUGUGUUUGGAGGAGCGGGACUGGAUCCCUGGGUGUCCCUUGAUUGACAACCUCUCCCAGAGCAUCCAUCAGAGCAAAAGGACCAUGUUUAUACUCACCAACCGGUACAUAAGGAGCGGGAACUUCAAGACAGCAUUCUACAUGGCCCAUCAGAGGCUUAUGGAUGAGAAAGACGACGUCAUCGUUUUAAUCUUCCUGGAAAAGUCACCCUCUCAUUCCAAGUACCUGAGGUUGAGGAAGAGACUUUAUAGGCGUUCUGUGUUAGAGUGGCCAACCAAUCCUCAAGCACAGCCAUAUUUCUGGUUUGCCCUGAGAAGUGUUCUAGCAACAGAGAGUCACAAACAAUACAGCAAUCUUUUUAAGGAGACACUUUAAAAUACAUUCUGUAUGUACUGUAUGGUGUAGAAGUUUUGGACUUAAAAUCGUAUAAUUGAAUAUUGCAGUACAUAUUUUUGUUACGCUGAGUUUUUACUUAAUGAG